GAUACAAAUCAUUCACACGCAAAACAUAAGUUAUCGAAAAUCAUGCAAGAAUUGGAAAAUGAGAAUCCGUUGUGUUUCAAACUGGUCGUAGUAUUGAUAUACCAUGACUUCUCCAUGGUUAUGUUGUCCUCCGUCAGUGAUAAAUUCAUGAUGGGUGCUAAAGUUAGGCAAUUCGUGUAGGCAACAGGCAAUACGGCUUCUCCUUCGUCGGAUGCUGCUCAAGCUACCGUUCAGCUCCCACUUGCCCUUCUAUCCCACCACCUCACGUCCCCCGGCUUCCAGCUUCCAGUUUGGUCCCCCCGCCCGCACGGACAGCGCUCUCUGAGCCUGCGCGUCGCCCUUCGACCUCCAGCGUUCCCGAACGUUCCUCGGAGGGAAUUAAAGGAGCAGGCGACACCCGCUCUUUGCCAGUGAAUAGAUAAGUUGAUCCGCUCCAACUCUUGACCUUCGUUGUGCGAACUGGCUGGUGUCAACCGCCAGAAAACGCUUAAAGCUCCUGGGAGGGGGGGGGGACGCGUGACGUCAGCGCGCAUUCGCCCGGCGCGCACCGGCUGACGUCGAGGUCAAUGUCACUGCGGCGGCCGGUCGGUGGAGUGGACGCUGGUCUGAGGGAUUCGGUGCGGGUCAGGUGAGAGCAGCGGCCGGCCCUCGAUCGGUUGUGACUCAGGAGUCCCGGUGUCGAUCCAAAGCAUUAUGGCAUUAUUAAGCUGCACAUCAGUGUUUUACAUUCUGAAGACUAUAACCUGCAGAGCCUGUGGCUGUCAACAAGUCCAGCACUCACUAAGUUUAUUUUCACGUCGCACUGGGUUUCUGGGCAGUGGUGCUCCAAAACGUCAGACUUUGAACAAAGUUAGAGAAUAUUCGACCUAUUGUGAUAGAACAAAGAGAAGCCUGUCAGCUCUUGCUAGUUCGUUACUCAGGAAAAAUCAGCAGAGGCCGUUGUCCAGGAUUGACUUUAUAGAUUCCAAGGAAGUUCAAGAAAUAAUAGUGAAUGCUGAGAAGAGACAUUGGUUAAGGAGAUUUAUUGUCAGCCCUGAUUUGGCAAAUCGUAUCGCGGAAUGCAUUGGCAAUGAUUGCUCUGAAAAUAAUGCCAUAAUUUUUGAAUGCAAUCCAGGGCCUGGUGUUUUAACCCGUGCAUUACUAAAUAGUGGAGCGCAGAGGAUUGUGGCACUGGAGAGCAAUAAGCAGUUUAUACCAGUAUUACAGUCUUUAGGAAAACAUCUGAAUGGACAGUUGGAAGUGGUGCACUGUGACUUCUUCAGGCUGGAUCCAAUAGGCCGUGGCACUAUGAAACCUCCUGCCAUGUUUUCUGAGAAACUCUUCGACAACCUGGGAAUAUCAGAGGUUGCUUGGACUGCAGAUAUUCCAAUUAAAGUCAUUGGAAUCUUUCCACAAAGAAAUGAACGGAGCCUGCUUUGGAAGUUUGCUUAUGCUUUGUUUGAAAGGAUUUCAAUUUUUCAAUAUGGAAGAAUAGAAAUGAUCAUGUUUAUUAGUGAGCAACAGUGCAUGAAGAUAAUGGCAGAGCCCGGUGACAUGAAGCUCUACGAUGCAUUUGCUGCAUUGUGGCAGAUAGCAUGUGAAAUAGAGCUGUUACAUAAGGAACCUUGGUCAUCUUUUACCACAAAUUUUAAAAACAGUGGAAGUGUGAAACAAGGCAUGAUGCCAGAUGACCAUCUGUGUCUCGUACGACUGACACCCCGCAAAGACUUGUUCAAUGAGACUUUAACAACAGUCAAUUCAGCCACAAUGGUAUUGAUGCUGAAGCAGUGUCUAACAAAACGAAAAACAAAGCUGAUUAACAAAUUGGAGUCUUGGUGCCCUGGAGGAGGAAUAAAAUUAAUGAGAGAACUAGAUUUGCCAGAGGAUAUAUGGACAGGAGAUGUGCUUCCAGAGGAAUACAAAAGACUCUUUGAGGCAAUGGAACACUCUCAGGAUUUUGUUCACAGUUGGUUAUAUGGCGAGGUUUUGGAGAAUAUGCAUUCAACUGUGUCACAUAUCUGAAUGUAAACCUUCAAAGAAAUAGGACUGUCAAAUGCAUGCAACUGCCCAUUGGCUAUCACAUCCAAGACACUGAAUACCUUUAUGUUUUGCUGGAAUAAAGUAUGAUAUAGUUCUACUUCAUUGCACCCGUCAGUGAAAUCUUAAAUUGGUUUCACUCUGUUGUAAGCCAUGUUAUAUGCUGCAUUCAGCAUUUUGUCAUUUGUCUCGGGGGGCCUGGGUAUAAACUGUUGAUCUCAAAAUGGCCAUAUUUUCAAGUUCUGUGAGAAUGUGGUUGACAUGGGAUUGGACACAUCAGCAAGUUAAAAUUACAGUGAUAUAUUCAAAUGUGGGGACAUUUUAUUCAAGAGAAUUUUUUAUUGAUAUAAUGUAUAACUUGCAUAAUAUAACUUCAACUUGAAUUCUUUUGGAUCACCAGUAGGUUUGUUUUAAAUUAAAUCUCUUAAGAAUUUGGUUAAGGGUAUUGUUUUGAUGAAUAGCAACUCUUAAUAAAAGGUCAAAUGCCUCAGGAGCAAAAAUAAAUUAAAGGUACUAUAUUUUUCUUGCAUUGUGACAAAAGGAAAAAUAGGUUAAACAUUUAGAAGGCUUAAGAUUCAGAUCAGUAAAUAUGUAACAGUGUCAAUCCCUGAUAGGGUUGGCUUGCAAAUACCACUUCAGUUCUAGCUACAGUUAUGUACAGGUAACUGGUGGAAAAGUAAAGCUUGGCAUGAAUAUUGUACACCAAGUAAAAAUGUUGUCUCUAGUUUUAAAUUAUGGUUUUCUUGGGGUU